CAAAUCCUUUUAUUCCCAGUUAGCUUCUCAGAUACAACGACAGAUUUGUUCAUGGCGAAAACGGCGUCGUGUAGCGAUAUAUGCAAGUCGUUUUUGCUUCUUCUGGUUUUGUCUGUUCCGGCAUCGACGGUGGCCUUGUCGUUCGGGUUUUACGCUGCCACGUGUCCUGCGGCGGAGUUUAUGGUCCGGAAUAUCGUUAGAUCGGCUUCCUCCGUUGACCCCUCCGUUCCCGGCAAGCUCCUCCGACUUCUCUUCCAUGACUGUUUUGUUGAGGGCUGUGACGCAUCUGUGUUGCUGCAAGGAAAUGGAACGGAAAGAACUGACCCUGGAAACAAGUCUCUUGGAGGCUUUGAAGUUAUUGAUUCAGCUAAGAGAAAUCUUGAAUUUUUCUGUCCCCAAACUGUCUCCUGUGCCGACAUUGUCGUUUUGGCCGCCAGAGAUGCCGUUGAAUUCACAGGCGGGCCCUUCGUCCAAGUCCCGACCGGCCGGAGAGACGGAAAAAUAUCGGCGGCGUCAAACGUCCGACCAAACAUUGUCGACACAAGCUUUUCAGUCGACCAAAUGAUGUCUCUCUUCUCAUCAAAAGGUCUGUCGGCGGACGAUCUUGUCGUCCUUUCUGGGGCCCACACCAUCGGAUCGGCCCACUGCAGCGCCUUCAGUGACCGCUUCAGAAGAGAUUCAAACGGCCGAAUGAGCCUCGUCGACGCCUCUCUGGACGGCUCAUAUGCCAACGAUCUUAUGCGGCGGUGCUCCGCCGGCGCCGCCUCCGCCGUCACCGUCGAAAACGAUCCGGAGACGGCGGCUGUCUUCGACAAUCAGUACUACAGAAACAUUCUGUCGCACAAAGGCCUGUUUCAGUCGGAUUCUGUUCUGAUUAGCGACGGCCGGACCAGGGCCCGGGUGGAGAGCUUUGCAGAGGAUCAGAUUGGGUUCUUUGAAAGCUGGGCUCAGUCGUUCUUGAAACUCAGUAGUAUUGGAGUUAAAAGUGGGGACGAAGGGGAAAUUAGAAUGUCUUGUUCUUCUAAUAAUGUUUGAAAUUUGGUGGGGAAAAAAAAAUGUAUAAAUAUUUGGCUCUUUGAAAAUGUUUAAUUUUUCUUCUUCCUAUUAAUUAUAAUUUGGGCUUGCAUUAAAUGGGCCUACAUUUGGGCUUGCA